CGACGACUUAUGCUUCCCAGCUCCCACCCAACCACUGAUCGCUUUCCAGCUAUUUCUCACCUGCACCGCUUGUCUCUCUUUGCGUAGCUGAACUAGGCGGCAUGGCAAGCGCGACGAUGGAGCCACGGAUUGGCCGUGUCGAUGAGGAGGAGGAGGAGGAGCAGCAGCAUGACCGUGUUGACGGUGAUGGUGACAGCGGCGUCAUGGCGAGGGAGGUGAGCAAACGGGUGUCACGCCUGGCCGUCGCGGGAGGUCAGGCCGACGACAAGGCCGGCCAUGAACGAGGCGCUUAUAAGAUAGGCGGCGGUGGUGGCGUCAGGUCAGCGAAACUGGAGGAUUCGGACGUGGUGCACGGCCGGCGCUCUGCGGGCGGGCGGACGCUGCCGCCGCCGCACGCGUGGCUAGCUAUCGAGGACACGAAGAAGCACUACGACAGCGACCCGGAGGAGAAGUGGAUGCGACUGCUGCGUGGAGGCAGCAGCGCCGGGGCCGGCACCGGCAGGCAGCAACGGCGGAGCAGCUUCAGCGUGGUCCGUCGUGAGCGCGCGGCGCGGGAGGCGUGUCUGGACCGCGCGUGGGAGAUGAAGAGGAACUGGCACGAGCGGAACGGCGGCGCGCCCGACGCGGACACCCCCGUGGUCGUGGUGGUGGGGAAGGGCCCCGCCUCGCCGUCCUCCCAGGCGGGGGCGGUCGGCGGCGGCGGCGUGGCCAUGGACAUGGAGGAGGUGCGGGCGUGCAGGGACCUCGGCCUGGAGCUGCCGUCCGACUGCACCGUGGAGAUACAGUGCUACGGGCUCUCUGGCGGCGGCAGCCCCACCCACACCGCCAGCAGCGGCGCCGACACCCCCUGCGACAUCUCCAGCCCCGCAGGUGUGGAUCCGAUGGACGUGAAGGCGCGGCUCAAGGUGUGGGCGCAGGCGGUGGCGCUGGCAUCGACCACCCAUCUCGGAUCUUGAUGCAUGCAUGCUUCAUCGACUCGAUCCGGUCUGGUCCUACGUGCGUGCGUCGCAGCGACAAAGCAAGUGAUGUGAACAAGCUAGCGUAAUCUUUUUUAGCCAUACGGGUUUCCUAAUAAUUAAGCAAAAUUUACACCGCCGCCCCUGUGUUUUUCCGAACGAAUGUAUUGUUACCUUUGCCAUAUAUACAUACGUAUCUAGUGAUCGAGUUAACCUACGGCGCGUGUGUGUAAUAAUGCUACUCUUCCAUUAUUUGUAAAAGUUGAAUGUAGGAGAUUUAUAAAGCGUGUGUCAUGUAUAAAGUGUACGGAGUUAAUGUAUGCUCUACAUUUUGAACGAUGAUGAGAACUCAUAUGUCUAACA